AUAAGUACUAUUGGUCGUGCAGAUAACUUUAAUAAUAGCUUGCACUUCUGAUGUGAAUAUCUUUGUCUCAGGCGCAUUUACUGAAAAAUAAAAUACAUAGAAACACGCGUUCGAAACGAACUUCGAUCUUUGUGACAAAGCAGUCCAUAGCGAGUGCUCUUAUAAAUUACAAAUCAAAGUGAGUUCGAGAAACAGUAGGAAGCAGGAAUAGACAGUGUUGAUAACAGAAGCACCUUCUCUGGGAAAUACAAUAAAGUGCGCGUGAACUUGUUCGCCAGAUACGUCAUUCACGGAAGAUUCACGGAAGAUGCGGCUAACGGCCGUAUGUUUGUCGUUGCUCUGUGGAUUCCUCGGCGUCUUUGCAACGCUCGAGGAGCUGCCACAGGAUCUUUCGCUGGAAAAGUUUAUGAAAUUGUUGCGGUUGGACCAGAAUUCUGUGAUCGCCGAUUAUAAUACCGAUAUCAACCUCAACACGCCGGGAAUGAUAAGAAAACAGGGUUAUCCUGCAGAGGCUCACGUUAUACCGACAGAGGACGAUUAUCUCUUAACAUUGCACCGUAUCCCAGGUGAUGAAAAUUCUCCACCUGUUUUCCUACAACAUGGUUUAUUGGGCAGCUCCGCCGAUUGGGUUAUUUCCGGCAAGGGAAAAGGACUCGCUUAUAUACUAGCCGAUCAAGGGUAUGAUGUUUGGAUGGGCAACUUUCGCGGCAAUACCUAUUCGAAAGCGCACGUCACGUUGUCGCCAUUCGACUCGAGAUUCUGGAAUUUCAGCUUUCAUGAGAUGGGCAUCUAUGAUCUACCCGCGGCGAUCUCGUAUGUUACGAAUAUGAGAUUUCAACCACUACACGCAUACAUCGGCCACUCGAUGGGUACAACCGCUUUUUAUGUUAUGGCGACGCAGUGUCCACAAAUCACACAAAUGAUACAAAUGAUGAUUAGCCUCGCACCUGUGGCCUUUUUGCAGCAUAUAAAGAGCCCGGUGCGAAUUUUGGCACCCUACAGUAUGCAAUAUGAGAUAAUCGCACAAUUUCUGGGAGAAACCGAAUUCUUGCCGCAGACCAAGUUUCUACGCUUUCUGUCGAAAUACUUGUGUAAUCAGAACAUCAUCGAGCAGAAGAUCUGCGCCAACAUAUUGUUCAUGAUAUGCGGCUUCGACAAAGAACAGUUUAAUUACACUCUGUUGCCCAGUAUCCUGAGUCAUUCACCCGCUGGCACAUCCACUAAGACGAUAGUGCAUCUAGCCCAAGAGGUAAAAUCGGGCAAGUUUCGGCCGUACGAUUACGGUCCCAAGAGGAAUCAACUGCUCUACAACGCCACGGAGCCGCCGGAUUAUGAUUUCACGAAUGUCACCGUGCCGAUCGCGUUGUUCUACUCCGACAAUGACUGGUUUGUCAGCCAUCCGGAUAUGAGAAGGCUCUACCGCAAGUUGAAUAAUGUAAUCGACGUGUACAGAGUGCCGUUUGAGAAGUUCAACCAUUUGGAUUUCUUAUGGGGUAUAGACGCGCCCAAACUCGUGUAUAAAAGACUGCUACAGGACAUAAAUACAUCUUACAGUGACAAGUGAGAGAUUUAAAUAUUACUCAGCCGUAUAAAAACAGUGUUUCGGUAAUACAUGUCGAUAAUAAUGACUGAUCGCGACCUUUGAUAAAAUAAUUCAUUUUAUCCAAAACUUUAGUAGAUAAUAAACUAUAUAUGGUAUGGUUGUUGUCGAAAUGUAUGUUGUUGAAAUGAAACUUUAAGAUGGUUUGGAAAAUAAUCUUCAAGAGACCGUCGUCUUGACAUGGUAACAUGAUAAUGUAUCAGAUAAUAUAUCAGAUAAGGUGAAAUAUAUAAGGAAUCAUAUAUUUCUAUAGGAAUUGUAAUGUAGAAUAAAUAAAUCAGACUCGUAACCGA